AUGGCUUGGCGAAAGCCCUUUGGUGAUCGCGCCGCGGCGCCCAGUACCGUGUCGGACGCGCAAAGAGAGCAGAUCUCCAAUGGAAGUGUGCAGUACAUUGGGGAGAAAGGAGGCAAUGAUGCGCCCCCGACAUAUCAGGAUGCAUCCGGAGCGCCCGUCGAGAACAACUCGCCGUUGGGAUACUCUGUUGGCCCGGUCACAAUUACCUUGUUAAAUAUUACAAUGAUGAUUGGUGCCGGAAUUUAUUCUACGCCUGCUUCCAUUUUGGUUGGCACUGGCUCUGUUGGUGUCAGCUUCGUAUAUUGGACUCUCGGUUACUUGCUGUGCAUGGCAUCUGGAGCCGUUUAUCUCGAGUUCACUGCGUACUUUCCUAGUCGAUCCGGUUCCGAAGUUGUCUUCCUCGAACAAGCAUAUCCUCGCCCGAUGUGGCUUUUCCCAACAACGUUUGCCGUGCAGAGUGUCAUUCUUUCAUUCGGCAGUGCCAAUGCUACAGUCAUGGCAAACUACUUGAUCGCCAUCUCGGGCCAUUCAGGAACUGAUUGGCAAAUUAAAGGCACUGCCUUGGCAUGCUAUUCCCUUGCAACCUUGACGCUUGUAUUCAACACGAAAUACGCCUAUUGGUUCUCCAAUGGUGUUGGUGUUGUCAAGAUUUGCACCCUGCUUUUUGUGAUCAUCACUGGCUUUGUUGUGUUGGGCGGCAACACCAAGGUGGAAAAUCCCACAGCCAACUUCAAAGAUGCAUGGUCAGGUAGUUCAUCAGCUACAGCAUAUGGUUUGACUACCGCAUUGUAUCGCAUCAUUUUUUCGUAUGGUGGUUACAACAACGCUUUCAAUGUUGCGAACGAGGUCAAGAACCCCGUUCGAUCGCUCAAGAUCUAUGCCACUGCCGCCUUGACGACCGUCUAUGUCCUUUACAUGUUCGCCAAUGUUGCUUUCUUUGCUGCUGCAGGAGUACUGACAAUGGUGGCAGUUCCUAGGGAACAGUUUGAAAAUUCCGGACUCACCGUUGCAAGUUUAUUCUUUACGGCGGUUUUUGGCAACUCUGGAGCUGUCCGUGGUCUCAACUUUCUCAUCGCCCUGGCUUCCUUCGGCAACAUGAUUGCCGUUAUUAUUGGUUUGUCUCGCCGUAUCAGAGAGUGUGGACGCCAGGGAGUCCUGCCUUGGACUAGAUUCUGGGUCUCUACUAAGCCGUUUGGGACACCUCUGGGGCCUUAUGCUGUCAUUUGGUUUUUGACUGCUCUGAUGAUCCUUGCUGUUCCUGCCGGAGAUGCCUUUACGUUCGUAAACGAUCUCGGCAUCUUUCCUCAAGCUGCCUUCAACCUGGCCAUGGCUGUGGGAAUUUACGUUGUCCGCUGGCGAAGAAGCAAGCUCAACCUUCCCGAGCCUGAGUUCAAGGCGUGGCACGUCGUCAUUAUCUUCAACAUCUGCAUUCAACUCUAUCUGCUGAUCAUGCCUUGGUACCCUCCCGCAGGUGGGCAAUAUGCCGGUGAUGUCAGCUUCUGGUAUGCCACUUACGCCGUUACGGGCGUUGGAAUCCUUCUUGCUUGCGCGGCUUACUACUGGCUCUGGGCGUCCCUUAUUCCCAAGUGGAGGCGCUACAAGUUGCGCCAGGAACUCGUCAGCUUUGAAGAUGGUGCUCAAAGCAACCAACUUCGGAAAGUCCCUUACGACCAAGUCGCUGAAUGGGACGCCACCCAUGACGCAUCUGGGCGUUUGAUUAGUGCUUCCGGCAGCGAUGUUCAGGUCGGGGAAAAGAGCGUGCGAACUUCUUCGGACGGUAGUAACUCAGAUGGUGGAAAGCAGGUGUCGAGCACUGUUCAAGAGAGUAGCCGCGUCUGA